AUGAUGCCGAUAAAGGAUAAUCAAGAUGUGGCAUGUUUCCUUGUCACCAAACACUCAUGGAAGGGAAAGUACAAACGUAUUUUCUCGAUUGGAUCCAUGGGUAUUACCACGUACAAUCCGAGUAAUUUAGAAGUUACUAACAAAUGGGAGUAUGCUGAUUUUAUAAAUGUACAGCCUACUAAUAAAAGUCAACUUGGUUUACAUGAAUUUAGUAUUACAAUGCGUAAAGAACGUAAAGUUGAUACUAUGAAAUUUAGCUCGGAACACAGAGCUCAUUUAUUAACUGAGGCACUUAAAUAUCGAAAUCAGUUUGCUGAAAAACCUAAAGAGAUACUUAGAUAUCAAGCAUACAAGCAUCAUUGGUCGGACACACGUUUACCAGUGGUCUUAGAAGUAACACCCUACAGCCUAGACCAAUUAGACCCAGCGACAAAUAUGUUACUGGCGAGUUACUAUUACAAAGACAUAGACGGUCUAGGUACGAUGAAAGACUACCAAGAUGGAUUCGUGAUAGUAAGCAGCGGAUUCGGACGACUGCAUUUAUUUUCAUCGCAGCAUAUUGAGGAGAUAAAACGUAAAAUAGUUGACUUAGCUCACACUAAUUUAGGAUUAACCAUAACUGUAUUAAAAGAAAAAAUACCAAUGGACGAAUUUAUAAUGCAACGUAUGGGUAGAUACAGCGGCGACGAGCACAUAACAAGUGUGUCUGAAUUUACAGUACAUAAAAUAUCAUCACGUCAUUCAGAUCCACAGCGCAGAACACUGUGUCUAUCGGAUACAUGUUUGUUGGAGAGAGAUCCACAGACUUAUAAUAUAUGUACACUUAGGCCACUUUCUGAUAUUUUUGUUCUCGUACGAGAUAACGCAAAUCCACAAUUAUUUACCAUUCAAUAUCUCAAUGGACAGCUACGCAGUUACAUGGCUACCGAUAGAGAUUCAUUGUUGGCGUCUUUGUUAGACGGUGUUCGCGCAUCCGGAAACAGAGAUGUCCAUGUUAAAAUGAAUCUGAUCGCCCGCGGCAAGCGUCUUGGUCCACUGAAUUUACCAGUUGAUGAGGAAGUUGAAAUAACACAUGUUAAAUUUUUACAACAACCGCCGGGUGGACGCUUUUUUGCUGAAAUACUUGAACGGUUCAAUGCUAAUGUACCUUACAGUGGUCUUCAUUAUUCUGUUACACAAGACGGUAAAAAACCGCUCGAAUGGACUGUAACCACUGUACAACUCGAGGUACAUCGGAUGAUGAAUGACUACUUACAGGGAUUAUUUACCGAGAAUAAGGAUAAAAUAAUACUCGGUGCUCUCAACUCGUUGGUAAACCGUGAUUUAGACACAAACACCGAGGUUGAAGCACAAUUUCAUGCUCUGAGAAGAUUGGUAGCAAGCAAAGUUGGCUUUAUGGCUUUCACAACAUUACCUGGCUUCCGAGAAGCUAUCGGUAAUAAAGUAGUAAAAGCGCUUAAACGGCAAGACUGUGGUGUCACCCAAGCUGCUAUUGAUUGUAUCUGUGCAUUGAUGCAAGCGAUGCAUGAUGACUGUGAUUUAAGGCAGGAGCAACUCAAUAAAAGUAGCCUGCUUAGUAGUAAUAAGUUUUUGGAAAGUCUUCUAGACAUGUGGAUAACUCAUGUUAGUCAUGGAACAGGCGCGCUGGUAGUGUCUGCGAUGCUAGAUUUAUUAACAUUUGCACUGUGUGUGCCCUACAGUGAAACAACUGACGGCAAACACUUUGAUAAUCUAUUAGAGAUGGUAGCCUCCCGUGGACGACCACUAUUUAAAUUAUUUCAACACCCAUCACUGGCUAUUGUUAAAGGUGCUGGACUUAUCAUGCGGGCUAUUAUUGAAGAAGGUGCCCCGGAAGUUGCUGCUAAAAUGCAAGAACUUGCGCUGGCUGAAGGUGCUUUACCAAGGCAUCUGUUGAACAGUUUGUUUACUGUUGGUAGUGAUGGUAGAUUGUUGACUCACAGACAGUUGUGUCACUCCCAAGAAAAAGUCCCCGACUCAUUCCUCGAAGAAGAACGACUGAACAACCGUGACAACCUAAAAAUAGCAAUUGACGCAUCAAAAAACAAGCGUGGCGCCCAGUGGCAAACAAUGGAACGCCACAUGCGAGUAAUAGAAAAACACGUCGAGAACGCUUUACAACACUGGGGCGCCCGAGUGGGAAUCGAGCGCCGCGAAAAAAUAAAAGAGCGCCCCAUAGUCCUCCGAAAGCGCCGAGAGAGGAUAAAAUCCGAGGCUAACUGGAAAUUAUUUUACUACAAAUUCAACCAAGACCACGCUUUAUCAAACCUAAUAUGGAACCACAAAACCCGGGAAGAAUUGCGCACGGCUCUAGAAAACGAGAUCCGAGCCUUCACCGCGGACAAAGAUCUCUCCGGCGGAACCCUAAUCGCCUGGAACCACCGAGAGUUCGAAGUCCAAUAUCUAUGUCUCUCCGACGAAGUAAAAAUCGGCGACUACUACCUCCGACUAUUAUUAGAAAAAGAUUGCCCGGAAAGUCCAAUCAGAAAGUCAUAUGAAUUUUUUAACGAUUUAUACCACCGAUUUUUGCUAACAACAAAAGUAGAAAUGAAGUGCCUUUGCUUGCAAGCAAUGACCAUAGUCUACGGUCGCUACUACGAAGACAUAGGUCCAUUUUCCGACACCAAGUACAUAGUAGGUAUGUUAGAGCGCUGUACAGACCGCACCGAGCGGGACAGACUCGUAAUGUUCAUCCACAAAUUAAUCCUCCAUCGCAAAAACGUAAAAGACAUCAUGGACCAAAACGGCGUUCGGGCUCUCGUAGAUUUAUUAACCCUCGCGCACUUACACACCUCCCGAGCGAUGGUACCCACCCAGACCAACGUAAUAGAAGCCGGCCCAGAGCAAGAGCGGGUCCUAGAAAAAGAGUGGUACUACAACGACGGAGAUCGUCGAUGUGGUCCAGUCAGCCUCAAAGACCUAAAAGACCUCUAUUUAGCAAACAAACUGACCCACAAGACCAAAGUCUGGGCCCAGGGCCUCGACGGCUGGCGGAUGAUCUCCCAAGUUCCUCAACUAAAGUGGACCCUAGUCGCCAAAGGUACCCCGGUAGUAAAUGAAAGCGAGCUUGCAACCUUAAUUUUAAAUGUCUUGAUCCAAAUGUGCGAGUACUUUCCCAGCCGCGACUCUGACAAUGCCGUAAUUCGUCCCUUACCUCGGGUCAAAAGACUUCUUUCUGAUCUCCAAUGCUUGCCACAUGUUGUCCAGUUGCUCCUGACCUUUGACCCUGUUUUAGUAGAGCGAGUCGCUACUUUAUUAUGCGAAAUUAUGAAAGACAACCCGGAAGUUUCCAAAAUUUACCUUACCGGCGUGUUUUAUUUUAUUUUAAUGUACACUGGGUCAAAUGUCCUGCCCAUAGCUAGAUUCUUGCAAUUAACUCAUACAAAGCAAGCUUUUAGAGGCGAUGAUACCACCCAGCCGUCUGAUAUAAUGCAAAGAAGUAUUUUAGGACAGUUAUUACCCGACGCAAUGGUUAGUUAUCUAGAAAAUCACGGGGCAGAAAAAUUCGCUCAGAUAUUCCUUGGAGACUUUGAUACUCCUGAAGCUAUCUGGAACGCUGAAAUGCGUCGGACGUUGAUUGAGAAAGUAGCAGCACAUAUCGCUGACUUUUCCCCGAGAUUAAGGAGCCAUACCAUGGCUAGGUAUCAGUACAUCGCAAUUCCAGCGGUAAGAUUCCCACAAUUGGAGAAAGAACUGUUCUGCCAGAUAUUUUAUCUAAGACACUUGUGCGAUACGGUUAAAUUCCCCAACUGGCCAAUCCCCGACCCGGUUCACUUGUUGAAGGAUGUUCUAGAUGCUUGGAAGAAAGAAGUGGAGAAGAAACCCCCGAUUAUGACAGUAGAGGAAGCGUAUAGGGUCCUGGGGCUUGUUAAUGGAAGGCAACACAGUGAAGCAGAUGUCAGAAAGUCUUAUUACAAGUUAGCACAACGUUUUCAUCCGGAUAAAAAUCCUGAAGGGAGGGAUAAGUUCGAAGCUGUUAAUCAAGCGUAUGAAUUUUUGUGCAGCAGAAGUUGCUGGACUACAGACGGACCUAAUCCCGAUAAUAUUGUCCUGAUUCUUAGAACUCAGAGCAUUUUGUUCCAUAGGUAUACUGAUGAGCUCAGGCCUUAUAAAUAUGCGGGGUAUCCUCAGUUGAUCAAGACUAUUAAGCUAGAAACUGAGGAUGAAAGGUUGUUUUCUAAAGCUGCGCCGCUUUUAGCGGCUGCUAGUGAAUUGGCUUACCAUACUGUCCACUGUUCUGCUUUAAACGCUGAAGAACUGAGACGAGAAGGAGGCUUGGAUGUACUUUUGGAUGCUUAUACUCGGUGUGUUAGUGUCUUAAAUAAUUCCAGCAAGCCUGAUGACAUUGCUGUGCAAGUUUGCACGCAUAUUACAAAAUGUUUCGCUGUCGCGGGCAGGUUCCGCGGGUGUAGGGACAAAAUUGUGGAACUUCCGCAGCUUAUUAAAGAUUUGUGCAGAAUUUUGUACUUCAAACACUUGACCAAGCUCUGCUCUGUAGCUACAGAGUGUGUUUCGUCGCUAGCUACUGAUAGUAUUCUACAAAUGCAACUGCUUCAAUCAGGAGCGCUGUGGCACUUGUUGCUAUUUAUGUUUAAUUAUGAUUACACGCUAGAAGAAGGCGGAGUUGAGAGGAACCAGGAUGAAAAUCGGCAAGAGGUUGCUAAUAAUUUAGCGAAGUUGGCGAUUAAAGCUUGCGCGAGGCUCGGCGGGUAUAUGACUGGAGAAAAUGCUACUCCAGUAAAUCCGGUGACUGUUGCGGCUCUGGAAACUUUAUUGACGCCUUAUCUUUCAAGGCAGUUGUCUAAAGACAAGCCUGAGGAUAUUUUGAAGACUCUUAACUCGAAUUGUUCCAAUCCUUAUUUAAUUUGGGACAAUGGAACCCGCGCGGAGCUUAAUGAGUAUUUAGAGAGUAAAAGAGAAGAAAAAUUAAACGGGAAUGAUCUUGAAACUGAUUUUAGUAGCUUUAAAUACAGCAAGCAUAGCAAUGAGUUGAUUAUUGGAGAGAUUUUUGUUAAAGUUUACAAUGAGCAGCCGAAUUUUCCGAUAGAAAAUCCCAAAAGUUUUACAAUUGACCUUCUUAAUUUUAUUCUUAAAUCUUCUGAGGAUAUUUGCUCGUUAAAUAGUGUUAACUUGUCGAAAAAGGAUCAGGAUAAAUUAAAGAAUGUAGUUAUGGCUCUUGAGGCGCUUAAAAAUGUGAUCAAAAAUAAUCCCGGGAUUGAAAUUCAGUGCAUUGGGCACUUUAACCUGUUGUUUAAUUUGUUGAGCUGUAAUAAUUUUAAACCAAUUCAAAGAGGAGCUUUGGAGGUUAUUAACAAUGUUACGAAGAAUAAUGAGUGCGUUAAUGACAUUGCAGCUAAUGAAGUGGUCGUUCAUUUGCUUUUGGCGUUACAUACCCUCAAAGAAUCCCAAUUGUUGACUCUAGAAACUUUGUACGCACUAAUGAGCACUACUAAGAUUGUUAAAGAUGCUCUGGCUAAAGGAGCGGUUAUUUAUGUGCUGGAUUUAUUUUGUAACUCGGCUAAUUUGUCAAUUAGAGAAACUGCGGCUGAAUUGUUGGCUAAAAUGUCAUCGGAUAAAUUGGCUGGUCCGAAAGUUAAAUUGGAUUUGAGCAAAUUUUUGCCUAAAUUGUUUGGUGAGGCGAUAAGGGACGCGCCUAAGCAAUGUGUGCAUAUGUUUGAGACUAAGCAUGAGAACCCGGAACUGGUUUGGGAUGAUGAAAGUAAGACACGGGUUUCGAGAAUUGUUGGUGAGCUUAAGGACGAGUACUAUUCUUUGCAAAAAAGGAAUCCUGGUGCUGUAUUAAAGCUACCGGAGACGCAGAAUAAUUUUGAUGCUGCGACUAAUGAGCCGGUUGUUGGUGGAGUUUAUUUAAGGCUGUUCAUUGCGAGUCCAGCGUGGGCUUUGAGGAAACCCAAAGAAUUUAUGAGUGAUCUGAUGGACUGCAUUUUGGCGCUGAUGGCCAGGGAUACUGUUGAUACGGAUAUGUUGGAACUUAGUACCCAGGCUUUGGUGUGCUUGUUGCAAGCUCAGCCAGUUCUGGCUGAUCAAGUUCCUUCUUUGGGGCACAUUCCGAGGCUGUGUAGGCAAAUGUCGGUUCGCAAUAGUCAACCGCCGGUUUAUAAGGCUGCGAUACUUAUUUUACAUCAGUUGGCUACUAGUGAAAUU